AUGUCGGAAUACGCAGAUUGCACGGAAGUGGCUAAGAAGGCGCUUGAGUUUCGCCAGCAGUUUUACCAACUGUUAGAUAACCCAGAGAGGCGGGGUGAUAUUGUUGCCUUGUAUGCUCCAAACACACCUCUCCUUUGCGAAUGGAAUGGACAUGCCCUCCCAGACACCGCUUCCAUCGCUGCAUAUCUCGGCGGAUUACCCCGUACAAAUCACAAAGUUGAUUGUGUGGAUGCGCAACCGCUUCCGGGUAAUGAACGGGCGGACUCAUUUCUCAUGACAGUCCAUGGCGUAGUCACAUAUGAUGAUGAACAUAAGAGGGAAUUCUUUCAGAGGUUUGUUAUUAGAAAGGUAGAAGAGCGGUAUUACAUAAUGAAUGAUUAUUAUCGCUGGUUAAGUGAAAAGGAGUAA